GUAGCAGCGCCCCACAGCGGUGAAGAGGCGGAACUGCAGCCUCUGACCCACAUGUGGCUGGGCGCCUUUAAAUCUAUCGCAAUUACGAGCGCAAGUGCUCAUGAAAGUGCCCGAAAAGUGUAUGUUUUUACACUAAGUAGCGUCCUACGUGCUAGUAUAUGAUCUGAAGUCCGUGGAGCGACGUGCGCGGAGUAAAUCAGGGCUCAGAGCUGCUGUGACCCGGAGCCAAAGAUGCAAGAGGGGCCAGGAAAGGAGGGCAGUUUGGAGGAUGAGGAGGAUCAGCGGUGCCCGAUCUGUCUGAACCGUCCCAGACGUACGGAUCGAGCCGUACCCGACUGUUGCAGACACGUCUACUGUUCAGCCUGCAUCCUCCGCUGGGCUCAGAUGGUUCAGUCCUGCCCGGUGGACCGCAGACCCUUCAGCGCGAUCUUCCUGCAGGGCUCGUCGCAGCAGUGCAUCAAGAUUCCCGUGAAGGCGCUCAGACUGCCAGAGCUGAACUCGUGCACCAGUCCGGACGGUCUACGGAUGCGUCGUGUCUGUGUGGCAGAGACAGGAACUCUGGAGAGAACGCAAGAUAAAAGAGCUAAUGCCAAACAGAAAUGCCACAGAAAAGGUGACUCGGAUGCAUCUGUGGAUGAACACAGAAAGGUGAGUGGAGACUCAUGCCACUCUCUUCUGCUCACUCAGCAUUUUCACUCAUCACUGCCAAGCCAACAGGGAGCGACGCUCGGCACGCUCACACAGAUCAUGGCAGGAUCUGUUGAGGUUUGUGAGGAGGGGCCAGAUGGCGUUCAGUGGAGGAGAUUAGAGAGAAAACGCAGAUGGCUUUCUGCCUCUGUACCUGUCCUCUCUACAGGUGUGCCCAGGGUGUUACUCCACUCACAUCUGCUUCUGUCAGCGGUCUCCUCCUCUCUGAAUCUGCUGCUUUCUGAACACACAGUUCCUCAUGGCAUAGUUUGUGCCGUCACCUGUCCCAAAGGUGAGGAGAGAAAGGGAACCAGGGGUUCUGGGUCAAAGACCUCUGUGAAGCCAGAAACUACUGCGACCAGACGUUCCUCUCGUCACAAUCGCGCUGAGGCGGAGGAUUCCUCAUCUGCGCAGUCGCAACCGACAGACUCGGACACAACCUCUUCUACACCACAAACCAUAAACGACACUCCUGCUUCUACGAGCAGAGGACAGCAGGGGAACAACCCGAGGUCUGGAGCGAAGAGGAAAGGACGUGGAAAAAAGAAGGUUGUAGAGAGACAUGAAGAUGAGGAGGUUGGGAAUCAUGAGGAAGAUGAAGUCAAUAAGGAAGCAGAAUCUGAGGAACCAAAAACAGACCAGAAAGCAAGUCCUGAUCAGAUUGAUAGCGACCAAGAACCACUGGAUACGGAGGAGAAGAUGGAGGUGGAGAAUGAGACGAGUGCUACAGAGGCCAAUAACCAGGAUGAUGAAACGGUAAAAGUAGAAGAAAUGGCAACUGAGAGUAUGGUUGAAGAUGAAGACGAUCAGAUACUUUCACGAGAUGAUAGCGAGAAAGAAGUGGAGACUGAUGAUUCAGACCAAGUUGAAUUGGAGAAUGUUCCACCAAUAGUGGAGGACGAUUGCCAAUCUCGUUCCUCUGCUGAACUGGGAGAGUCUCAAUCUGAUUCCCAGGACGUUCAAUCGCCUCUGCAAGAGGAACCAACAGCUGAACCAACUUCUGACCAGAUUGUGGAUGUGAAACCGGAGCUUGACACCGAGGAAGACCAAUCCGACAAACAGGAAUCGAGUUGCUCUCCACCUUUCCAAGAUAUUGUGGAUCUGAAUUCGGAGCCGGAUACCACAGAAGACAAUUCUGACAAGCAGGAAUCAAGUAGCUCUCCAGCUCUCCAAGAUAUUGUGGAUCUGAAUUCGGAGCCGGAUACCACAGAAGACAAUUCUGACAAACAGGAAUCAAUUGGCUUUCCAGCUCUCCAAGAGUUUGCGGAUCAGAAACCGGAGCCGGAUACCACAGAAGACAAUGCAGACAAGCAAGAAUCGAGUAGCUUUCCAACUCUCCAAGAGAUUGCGGAUCAGAAACCGGAGCCGGAUACCACAGUAGACAAUGCAGACAAGCAAGAAUCGAGUAGCUUUCCAACUCUCCAAGAGAUUGCGGAUCAAAAAACGGAGCCUGACACCACGGAAGACAAUGCAGACAAGCAGGAAUCCAGUACUUUCCAAGAGGAUCAGAGCGCUGGUCCGUCAGCACUUGGAGAGAUAGCUAUUCCAGAAACUAAGGAGACUAAUGCAAGGAGUCCUCAGGACAACACUGACCUCAUUCCCAUGGAGUGCGAUUCUCCUGCAUCCGAGAGUGAAGCUCAUGCUGCUGAAGCUGAAAUAAAUCCCACUGCGAACGCGGGUCAGACUGCCGAUCAAAAGCCCAAGAUUGACAGCUGUAAGGAAGCGAAAGGCUCGGACAAGAGGGACCGGGAUGGGCGAUCCCGCAGGUCUCGCUUUCACUCGCCUACGACCACUUGGUCGCCUACCAAGGAGUCUAAGAGUGAAGGGUCACGCAGGUCAAGGUCUCGAUCACGGGACCGUAGCCACAAGACCCGAUCCACAUCUCGGAGCCGCGAGCAGCAAGAGGAAGAGCGGGAAGGGCGGCGGAAUCGAAGCCGUAGCCGUAGUCGUAGCCGGGAGCGAAGUCACAGGCGACGUAGCCGUUCCCGGAACAGAAACCGAGCCGGACGCCGGAGCCCGUCCCAGGAACGCUCGGAUCACGGCGGACACUCUCCUCGCAAGAGGGAGUCUUGGGGAACGGAUGGAUGGCGGAGCACAGGUGGUGGACGAGGUUGCCGCAAUUCAAACUGGAGGAACAAUGCGGAAAAACCUGGGAAUUCGUCAACAAGAGAGCAUGUUUCAUCUGACAACGGCAACUUCAAUGAGGCGUCGCCUGAUCGGAGCAGAAGCGAGAACCCGGACUGGGUAAAAGACAGGGAGAAGCUCUACCCGGAUGCUGAUGCUCGAGGGCGUGAGCAACGAAAGGAUGAAAAUUUCGGAGAUCCACCUUCCGAUUCCUGGUGUCGGGGGGGCUGGAGCGCUGGACGCGGGAGAGGAGGUUCAAACUGGUCGGCCAGCCAGCAGAGCGAGCCAGCAGAUAAUUGGAGGCAACGCACUUCUUUCUCAGGGACCGCGAAUAACACGGAUUCUUAUAGCCGCUUCAACGAAAACAGAGCCGGAGGAAAGAGAAAAGAGUCUGAUGGUGGCGAGACGGCGAUGGAUCGGUCGGGGUGGUCGUCGGCGUCGAGCUGGGCCGUGCGGCGAACUCUUCCCGCCGAUGUGCAGAACUACUACUCGCGCAGGGACCGAGGCGGCGGAAACAAUACCUGGAACAGACAAGAGGAGGAUCAAGGUGCACCAGGUGUCCCAAAACAAGCAGAUCCCCCACAGAAUGAGCCAAAUGCACCCCUGCCAACCGAGGCUGUUCCAGCUCUACCCCCCACCCUGAUGCCCCAUCAGCUCGGUGUGAUGGGGGUCCUGCGUUACCCCAUGGGUCCUCUUCUGCCGAGACCUCCAGCUGUGGGUCUACAGCCUCCUCAGUUCAGUUUACCCCCUCCGGGUCCAGUACAGCUGCACCCCGCCGGCCCGCUCCUUCAGGUCCCAUCCAUAGCCGUGCAGGGACUGCCUCCGCCCCCUCCACCUCCUCCGCCAGUGCAGACCGGCUUCACCAUAGUACCGCCUGAAAGCCACCCAUCUCAGCAGGUGAUGCCCAGUUUUUCUAUACAAGGCAAAGCUUCUUUCAAGCCCAUGCCAACCAAAGUAGUUGCAGGGCCACUUCAUCCUAUCGGGACGGUCAGCGCGUCCCAGCCGUCCUCCACCACCCAACCAACUCACAGCAAGGCCCACGCCGACAGCUCAAAGAAAGAGAAGAAAUUGCAGAUCCAAGAGCGGGCCGUCAAUGAGGUGAAGGCAGCGAUUAAGCCAUAUUAUCAGAAGAACGAAAUCAACAAGGAGGAAUAUAAAGAGAUUGUACGCAAAGCUGUGGAAAAAGUGUGCCACAGCAAGAGCGGCGAGGUGAAUGCCGACAAAGUGGCCAACCUGGUGAAAGCAUACGUCGACAAAUACAAGCGCACCCGCAAAAACAAAUCCGAGUAGAGCCGAGGGUCUCUGUUCUGCUGAUGCACAAGUGCAAUUCCUCCACCGCGGCGUCACUGACUGGAGCCGUUCUUAACACAUUUGCAUACAAGAAUGAAGAUUUUUCUAGAGAUGACAUAUUUUGUUUAAUUUGGAUUUGAUAUAGUGCAAAUGCCCUUUAUUGGAUUGUGUCUUAUGGGUAUGUGUGUGUGUGUGUGUGUGUGUGGGGAGGGGGGGAAGGUUAUGGUCUAUAAUGGUGUCGCUAUUAUUGCAUUUUGCUUCUAAGUUUAAAGAAGCAAAAAAAAAAAAAAAAAUUAAGGCUAAUGAUUCAAGUGGUACGACUGGACCUGUCCUGUCUCUCUCUCUCUCUUUCUCUCUCUCUCUCGCUCUCAUUAGUCAUCCUUUAGACCUAAACUCCUUUUCUUUUAGAAGCAUAGAAACAAUCUUGAGUACAUGUGCAUUAGCUUUAUUAUUCCCAGCUGAAUGUGUGCGUGCCUGAGUGUGUGUGUGUGUGUGUGAUUCAGUCGUAAUCUUACGUGGAAAGAACACGGGUAGUUUGUUGGUGAGCUGAGAUGAUUCUGUUGUCAUAUCCAGGUUUAAGUCCUGUACUUCUGUUUAUGCAGUUCAAUCACUGUGUCUGUUUACCCUCCCAGAAGCAAUGAAAUAAACCAGCUCUGAAUCCCG